AUGGCGGAUCCCAAGAUUCAAGAACUGCUCACCAAGUCGCGCGCCGACCUCACCGAAUACGAGAUUGCGCAGCUCGAGGAGCACGAGUUCUCCGCCGGCCCCCUCUCCAUCCUCCAGACCGCCGUGCGCUCGCACGUCCAGGUGCUCAUCUCUAUACGCAACAACCGCAAGCUGCUCGCCCGCGUCAAGGCCUUUGAUCGCCACUGCAACAUGAUCCUUGAAAACGUGAAGGAGAUGUGGACCGAAACCAGCAAGUCGGACAGCGGCAAGACCAAGUCGGUGAACAGAGACCGGUUCAUCAGCAAGAUGUUUUUGCGAGGGGAUAGCGUGAUUCUGGUGCUCCUGAGCUGA